UGGAUUCAUGUGACGGCGAGCUCACAUGUUCACGCAAGCCUGAUGUUGUGCGAAUAGUCGCGGAUGAUAUUCCCAACGACGAAGUCGAUUCCCGAGGAGAUGGCGGCGGCAUAUGCCACGACGUCACCACAGCAACACCGAUUUUGGUAAAUAUUGCAUGCCGUUUGAUACCUCCGUAAAACCAGGGUUGUGUCGCUGACCCUUUUUGUUUUACUCUUUUGCGCAGCCAUUGUGUCCUCCGACGGCUCCCGCCAACGCGAAGCAGGUGCUCCCGGGUGGACUAUUCAAACACGAAACCGUGAAGAAACAGUCGAUACGACAUCGUCGAAAACUAGCCGCUCUUUUUCUUGCAACAUCAUCGUCCGCUCACGCACGCGACACUCCUCACGACAAAUCACCCAUGAUACAAGAAACGACUUCACGUUCGAACAGUAGCUCCGUUGUGAUCGAUGCAGCUCACGCCGCUGGCGGCGAUGUAUACCCCGAUGGUGCUUCUCACGCUCGCGCUCUUUCCUCAUCAUCCGUUGUAUCACUGUCAGAAUCCUCACAAUGUUGCCCGAAGCUACGGAGGAAGAAAGGCAUCCCAUCACUCAAGCGCGUGUCCUCACCCUCAUAUCGGUCAAGAUCACAGCAGUCUUCCCCCGCAUUUGAUGAUCGUGCUGAAUCACCUGCGCCACAUACAAUGCAUAUAGCACCAGCACCUUCUCUUGCGCCUUCGACUGUUAACAGCACGGAACCUCCUGUCCGAAUCGGCCACCCUAGUCGGCCAUAUUAUACUGUCAUUCGGAAAAACAUGUCUCGACCUGGUACCCCUGGACUUCCCAGCUCCCUCCCUCGCACUCCCUCCCCUAUUCCAUCUGAUUACGAUUAUGCACCACGCGCCACGAAAUCUCUUGACUGUGGGGAGCGUGUAUCAGUGCAGUUCGGCCGAGAUUCACGACCCAUGUCGAUGAUUCUCCCUGGACAGGCGGUCCCCGUGAACCUGUACUCUGGGUUCUCAUUAAGCGGCGAGACGGAGAUGCGGAUGAACUUAGCGAGAUGGCGGAAGGAAGAUGGUCCUGAUGAGCCAGGCGAUUACCUGUUCAAGGAAACAGGUCUCCGCGGGAAAGGGAUGAAAGGCAGAGUGAGGAAGCUUGGGAAGGGCUUGCGAGAUCUAGUGCUCGGUAGAUCAUGAUGUAUGUACGAACAACUGUAAGAACAGAUCAUGUCACGAUAUUAUAUGGACCAAUCUCACUUUUGUCCUGCCACUCGGAAUUACAGCAGCACGUGGUUUUUUUAUUUUA